AUGGCCCCCAAAAUUGACCCCAACGAAAUCAAAAUCAUCUACCUCCGCGCGACUGGUGGUGAGGUCGGUGCAUCAUCCGCUCUUGCACCCAAGAUCGGUCCUCUUGGUCUGUCUCCUAAGAAGGUCGGUGAAGAUAUCGCGAAGGCAACCGGCGCAUGGAAGGGUCUACGGGUGACGGUACAGCUUACUAUCCAAAAUCGGCAAGCAAAGGUGGACGUCGUCCCUUCUGCAUCCUCGCUGGUUAUAAAGGCUCUCAAGGAGCCCCCACGGGACCGCAAGAAAGAGAAGAACAUUAAGCACAGUGGCAAUAUCACAUUCGACGAGAUCGUCGACAUUGCCAGGACGAUGCGAAGCAAGUCGCUCGCAAAGACUCUUGCGAACGGUGCGAAGGAGAUCCUCGGCACAGCACAAUCGGUUGGCUGCACAAUCGACGGUCGGCCACCUCACGACGUCAUUGAGGCCAUCGACGCGGGCGAGAUCGAGGUGCCGGACGAGUGA